UUUUUAACCUGCGAAUCCUCUUCACGUAAAGCUCCACUUGUUUCUCUGCAAAUCCGUCAAUCUCUCUCUCUUUGUCUCUCAUCUCUUCUUCUUCUUCUUCAUCUUCUUCUUCUCUCUUUCUGCAAAUGAACUACAUUCCUGCAACUCUUUUCCACCAUCUUUGAAUAUCCAAGGACCUUCUUCUCCGUAUCUUGAAUCCCCCUCCACUCUCAUGGAUGAUCUACCGGAAGAUUCCGCAACCGAAUCUUCUCACCAAUGUUCCGUUUCAGACGACGUUGACAACCAGCGAGUCUACUUGGUUCCUUACAGGUGGUGGAAGGAGGCGCAGGAAUCUCCUUCAUCAGUUGAUUUGGAUGGGGGGGUGUCAAGGGUUCUGUACACGGCUUCGCAAACUUCAUCUUAUGGACCAAUGAAGAUAAUUAAUAAUAUAUUUAAUUCGGAUCUUGCGUUUAAUCUUAGGAGGGAGAAUGAAUCUUUGCAGAAUAAUGAGAAUAGUGAAGUUGGGGUUUCAGGUCGGGAUUAUGCUUUAGUUACUGGAGAUAUGUGGGUACAGGCUCUAAAAUGGCACAUUGAUUCUAAGGCUGCUAGCAAAAACGGUAGAAGUUUUUCAAUUGCAGAAGAUGAUAUUACAGAUGUAUAUCCUUUGCAACUAAAGCUUUCUUUAUCAAGGGAAACAGAAUCGUUGAUAGUAAAAAUAAGCAAAAAGGACAACACUACUGAGCGGUUCAGAAGAGCCUGCAAGAUUUUCUGUGUUGAAUCUGAAUUAUUACGCAUUUGGGAUUUUGCUGGGAGGACAAAUCAUAUUUUCUCCGAUGACAAAAGUAAGUUGGGGAAAGAGAGUCCAAGACAGUCAGAACAAGAGAUUCUUCUUGAGCUGCAAGUUUAUGGGUUAUCAGAUUUUAACAAAGGACGAGAUGCAAAGAAAGAUGAGGCAGAACAAAGUUCUACUGGAAAUUCGUUGAAGAUGAAUGGUUAUUCUGUGAAUUACAGCUUCCCUCGUGGUAAUGGCUCAGUUAAUAGUGAAGCUGGAUCCUUAGGGUUGACAGGAUUGCAAAACCUUGGUAAUACUUGCUUCAUGAACAGCGCGCUUCAGUGUUUAGCACACACACCGAAAGUUGUUGACUACUUCCUUGGAGAUUACAAUAAAGAGAUUAAUCAUGAGAACCCACUGGGAAUGGAUGGUGAGAUUGCUCUUGCGUUCGGAGACUUAUUAAGGAAACUAUGGGCCCCUGGAGCAACACCUGUACCACCAAGGCUGUUCAAAUCAAAACUUGCCCGCUUUGCUCCACAGUUUAGUGGCUUCAACCAACAUGAUUCCCAGGAACUUCUCGCUUUUCUAUUAGACGGGCUUCAUGAAGAUGUGAACCGUGUAAAAUGCAAACCAUAUGUGGAAGCCAAGGAUGGAGAUGGACGGCCUGAUGAGGAAGUUGCUGAUGAAUAUUGGCGGAAUCAUCUUGCUCGUAACGAUUCUGUUAUUGUUGAUGUCUGUCAAGGCCAGUACAGGUCAACACUAGUUUGUCCGGUUUGCAGAAAAGUGUCCGUCACCUUUGAUCCAUUCAUGUAUCUAUCACUACCCUUGCCUUCAACAACAAUGCGAACUAUGACAUUGACAGUUAUAACUACUGAUGGGAGUGCCUUGCCUUCUCCUGUUACUGUUUCUGUGCUCAAGUCUGGGAAGCUUGAAGACCUUAUAAGAGCCUUAGGAGUUGCUUGUUCACUAGGGCCUGAUGAGGAACUCUUGGUGGCAGAGGUAUACAAUAAUCGAAUUAUACGCUAUCUGGAGGAGCCAUCUGACUCUCUAUCCUUGAUCAGAGACGAUGAUCGAUUAGUUGUCUAUCGGUUACUAAAGGAUGUAGAGAAUAACCCAGCAGUUGUUUUCAUGCAUCAGCAGGCAGAAGAUGGUGUUUUUGUUUCUGAGGUGGUGGUAAAGCUUAAACUCUUCGCUAUUAAAUACAUGAAUUAUAACGCCACGAAGUUGACAUCAAGCUGGAAAGCUUUUGGAAUUCCUCUUAUAGCAUGUUCAAAAAUUGUUAAUGGGCUUGAUGUUCGUGAUUUGUACUUAAAACUUAUUAAAGCAUCAAUGGUACCUAGUGAAGACCCUGUAGGUGAUGAUGGUAUUAUUGAUAAGACAAACAAUCAACUCUCAGCCAUCGAAAAACCAAUGGAUAUAGAUACGGUUACAACUUCAUGUUCUGAGGAAGGUGCACAUUGUGCUAAUCGAGAUGACUCUGACGACAAUUUGGAGUUUUACUUAACAAAUGAGAAGGGAACAGAUAGAGAAACAAGGAUUGCAAUGGAUGAGCCCAUAAAAGUUACAGCUCUCUCUGGGCGGUUAAGUGUGCUUGUAUGUUGGCCAGGUAGUAUGGUUAACCUGUACAAGACUUCUAAUCUUCCUAGCUCAAUACCACAAGUCUUCAAGCCAGAUUUUCUCUCAAAGAGACCUCAAGAGACUGUUUCUUUAUAUAAAUGUCUCGAGGCAUUCUUGAAGGAGGAGCCUCUUGGUCCUGAUGACAUGUGGUACUGUCCAAACUGCAAGGAACAUCGGCAAGCUAGCAAAAAACUAGAUCUUUGGAGAUUGCCAGAGGUUUUGGUUAUUCAUUUAAAGAGGUUUUCAUACAGCCGGUUCUUAAAAAACAAGCUGGAGACGUUUGUAGAUUUCCCGGUGCACGACUUUGAUCUGUCGACAUACAUGACCCACAGGAAUGAUGACCAGUUAUCAAACCGCUAUAUGCUUUAUGCUAUUAGUAAUCACUAUGGAAGCAUGGGUGGUGGUCAUUAUACUGCAUUUGUUAAUCAUGGUGGUGAUCAAUGGUAUGACUUUGACGAUAGCCAUGUUUCUCCAGUUGGUGAAGACAGGAUAAAGACUUCAGCUGCUUAUGUUCUUUUCUACAGAAGGAUUAUGGACAGCUAAAACAACGUUCACUUUCUGGUCAAUUUUAGAACAUUACAAUUUGAUCAUAGGUAGGGCAUUCAUUUCACAAGACUGAUCUUUUUUAGGAUGAACUAACAGAAGGAAGAUUUUGCUCUGACAUUGUUCAAUACUCAGAUUUAAAACAAAACAAAAAACAUGGAUUGAUACCAAAAGGGGGACAAUUCCGAAUUUGAUCAAAGGAAAACUCCUUGUUUAAUUUGCUGAUUUUGUUCCCAAUUCUUCAUUGCAUUUGUGACAUUACUUGUUCCAUUUGUCUCCAAAAUACUGUAAUAUCCAUUUUUCAGUUGA